UCUACUCAUGUCCCAAACACCUCCCACUCCUCUUUGUUUUUCCGGAAAGCGCUCUCCUCCGUCCUCUCGAUCUCUUCCUCGGGCGUUCCCGUCUUUUUCCUUUGUUCGUUUGGGUUUGAGGAGGGGAUCCGUCGCUUCCGUUCACAGAUCAUUCCCGUUUCUCAGAUAAAUCUACACUCGGAACCCCGCCGAGGAAGACCGCAGCCGCCGGCGUAGCGCCCCUUCAAGGUCUCCGCCAUGAAUCCGGAGUAUGACUAUUUAUUCAAACUUUUGCUUAUUGGAGAUUCGGGUGUUGGAAAAUCAUGCCUCCUCCUAAGAUUUGCGGAUGAUUCGUACUUGGAAAGUUACAUCAGCACUAUUGGAGUUGAUUUUAAAAUACGCACAGUUGAACAUGAUGGCAAGACCAUUAAGCUUCAAAUAUGGGAUACAGCAGGGCAAGAACGUUUUAGAACAAUUACAAGCAGCUAUUACCGUGGUGCUCAUGGUAUCAUCGUAAGUCCAAUCAUCAAAUCUAUUUUUUGUUUGUUGCGUGUCAAACUAUUAUGUCAACUAGUCGUUCAUUCCCUCGACUUGCAGGUGGUCUAUGAUGUGACAGAUCAGGAGAGCUUCAAUAAUGUAAAGCAGUGGUUGAAUGAGAUUGAUCGAUAUGCGAGUGACAACGUGAAUAAGCUUCUAGUUGGGAACAAGUGUGAUCUGACUGCCAAUAGAGUUGUAUCAUUUGAGACAGCUAAGGCCUUUGCUGAUGAGAUUGGCAUACCAUUCUUGGAAACCAGUGCAAAAAAUGCUACUAACGUGCAGCAGGCAUUCAUGGCCAUGACUGCUGCCAUCAAGAACAGGAUGGCCAGCCAGCCGGCCAUGAACAGUGCCAGACCUUCCACAGUGCAAAUCCGUGGACAACCUGUUGACCAAAAGAGCUCCUGCUGUUCUUCUUGAGUGUUCAGCUAAUGGCAUUGUAUUAAACUAGCUGAUAUCCAGAUUGAUGCUGUGUUGUGUCAUUUCAAACGCUUCAAUACGUGUUCCAUUCUUUCCUAGUUCUAAUCCUGUACAAAUUGGACAUUUGGUAAUGCUAUGUGAUAUGUUCCAGCCCUACAA